CACACACACACACACACACACACAGAAAAUGGCAGCUGGAAGACACAUGAGGAAGGAGUACCUGUCAGUAAAGGACCUAGAGAAAGUUUUAGACUCCUGCACUCUGGAUCUGCACCAAAUAGAUGAAGUCUGGCCAAAUCUCUACAUCAGUAAUGUGGGAGUCGCUCAGAACCGGACGACGCUGCAGCGGCUCGGCAUCACGCACAUCCUGAACGCCGCACACUCCAAACGCGGCAGCAUCGGGGACCAAAAGUUCUACGGCACCAACUUCGUCUACUGCGGGAUCCCGGCAGACGACUCGACCCACUUCGACCUGGACGUUUACUUCAAACCUGCUGCAGAGUUCAUACACAGCGGCCUGAAAUCUGUGGAUGGGAAAGUGCUGGUGCAUUGCAUUAUGGGUAUGAGCCGCUCGUCCUCGUUGGUGCUGGCGUACCUGAUGCUGUAUCAGCACAUGUCUUUGCGCUCGGCCAUCCAGCGCCUCGUCCAGAAACGAGCCAUCUACCCCAACAGGAACUUCCUGGCUCUCCUGCUGGACCUCGACUUCCAACUGAAGGGCAAACGCAAAGCCUGCAUCCUGCUCUAAACAAACAAACAAACGAACAUCACGUGGUCUCCAUGGUAACGGGACACUAAUGCGGAAGCAGAGCGUGCGAGAUUGUGGAGCAGUCACAUGGGAAAGCUGGGACGAUCAAAAUAAACGCAUCAAAUAACCGGGGCUGUGUUCCAGACUGUUUUUAACACACCUUUGUCCAGCGUCUUAAGUGACGUUUGUUAAACAGCCACCUGACUGCACUGGCUUGUGCUCAUAUCGAGCAAGCUAGCGACACGGAGAUCAGCGCAGAGUGUGCUCCUGUUACAGAAUCAACACACACUUUAUUUUUAUUCACACACAUAGUGGACUUGUGCGGGUCGAAAAAAACAAUGUUAAAGGGCAAAGGCAAGCUGAGAGAGUCGCUUAGAAGUGCUACCACAAAACCAGUUUGUGCUACCUGACCUACUGGGAUUAUAGCAUGUAAUAAUAGUAAUAAUAAUAAUAAUAAUAAUAAUAAUAAUCCAAUAAUAUACACACCACAGGUCCUUAAAACCAGCUCAAGAGUAGAACAGGAAACAUAAGGACAGGAAACACUGACCAUAUAAGGAAAGCGGUGAGGAACACUGGACACACAUCGCACUGGGUACGGAGGGUAAACCGGGACAGAAUCAGGACGGACAGAACUCUGAUACUGAGUCAAAGAAGAGGAGGAAACACUGACCAUAUAAGGAAAGAGGCGGCAACAAGGGGGAAAAACAGGACUGACAACAGAAUGACAUCAGGGUCAGACUCAGACAGAGAGAUGUGAUGUGAAGAAGAACAGGAAGUGACCAUAUAAGGAAAGAGGUGAUGUGCAGAGACUGUGAUGGGACGAAACUUUCAUGGAGGACAUUAAACCACAUGUUUGUGGUGUAACUGCUUACAGUUAAAACUCUCUCUCUCUCUAAUAUCAAGACUUCUUUAAUUCAUCAAGAGGACCAACGAAUAAACACUGAUUUACU